AUGUCCAUCGCCCAGGCGGCGGCCAAGGCCAUGCUAUCUGAUGCCCUGCUGCAGGACGGCCCUGGGAUAAACCGGAUCAACCACCUGGAGCUGGAGCUUCCUCUGGACAAGGUCAUCAAAUUUGUGUCUGUCGGGCUUCCACUGCUGCUGGUGUGCAUGGCGUUUGCCCGGGAGAUCUCCCUGGGGCCUCAGAUCAGCUGUUUCCCUCCCAGCAAUUUCACUAUUAAGCAGGCCAGCUACGUUGACACAUACUGCUGGGACUCUCUCAUGCAUCACGAAUUUGACAGCGAUGGGAACUUUGAGGAGCGCUCUCUCUGGGUUCACAAAAUGUUCCCUUACUCUCUCCUGGCCAUGGCGGUGCUGAUGUACCUGCCAGCUCUGAUCUGGCGCCAGCUCGUGAUGCCCUCACUGGGCUCAGACCUGCUCUUCAUAAUCGACGAACUAGAUAAGUCAUACAACCGCUCGAUCCGACUGGCCCAGAGCAUUCUCGAUAUGCGCCAGACCACUAAGAACCCGCUCACAUUUCAGGCUGAGCUGCAGAGGGCAAAGAAGAAGCGAUACUUUGAGUACCCUCUGCUGGAGCGAUACAUGCAAUGCAAACAGAACUCCUACUUCCUUGUUAGCAUGCUUUUCUUACGUGGCUUCCUCCUCCUGACCUUCAUGACCGCUGCCUGUCUCUACCUGGCUUACUUCCACCUCUCGGCCUUCCUGCAGGAUGAGUUCAGCUGCUUUGUCCGCACCGGCAUGCUGCGCGAUCAGAACUGGGUUCCUGAGCUGGUUCAGUGUAAAAUGAUUGGUCAGUUGGUGUUUCAGGUGAUAAGCGUGGCCAACGGUGCAAUCUACGUCCUGUUGGCCCCCAUUGUUCUUUUCAGCCUGAUUCGGCUCUUUGUUUGGGACACCACCUUCAUCUCCGUCUAUGAUGUCCUCCCAGCUCUGGAUCUCCUCAACCGCCGCAGGCUCGGCUGCCCGCUAAAUGACCUCAAUGUCCUUCUGCUGUUCUUGCGUGCCAACGUAGCGCACUUAAAGUCCUACGGAAACGUGAGGGCGUUGUGCUCGCUGGCGCCGCCACAGGUAGGCAACACCACUGCAGGGCAAGGCUUAAACGCAAUGCUGACCCAAGAAGAGAUGGAGGAGCGGGAAGAGGCUGCGAUGGAGCUGGCGGAGGAGGUGGAGGAGGCCAAGGAGGAAGGGAAGCUCAACUUGGUGGAUAUCAUGACCAUUCUGGGAGCAGCACAGGGAAGAGUGGUGAACUGCAGUGAGAAGAGGCCUCUGGUGGAGCAGAAUAUGAGUCUGGAGCCAAACCACCAGGGGUACCAUGAGUUGAAGGAGACAGCACCCUUUAGUCAUUACUAGGCCUCCUAUGGACUGAAUCAGAGUGAUAACAAUGGGGGGGUUGGGACAUUCUCUACAGUAGAUUUUGAAGAGUGCUGUACCCACAAAGACUGUGGACACCAA